AUGUUCUUGAAUGAUCUUAAUGAGAAUCAAAAACAAGCAGUUACUGCCCCAGCCCAUGGCCGUCUCCAAAUCAUUGCCGGUCCCGGAACAGGAAAGACAAAAGUACUAACCUCACGCGUUGCCUACCUACUUUUAGUAGAAAAGAUCAAACCAGAACACAUUAUUGUUACCACAUUUACUAAGAAAGCAGCUAAUGAACUAGUGGAAAGGUUGGAGACUUUAUUGAGUGGUCAUCGUGAAAUUAAUGUGUCGAGGUUAUUAGUAGGUACAUUUCACAGCUUAUGCUACAGAAUAAUCAAAAGGUUUGGAUCAAAGAUUGGCGUCAGCGGGUACACUAUUGCCGACGAGAGAGACAAAGACCAUUUCUUGAGGGAAGUGUUGGAGAAAGAACUUUCUGGUGAAGCCAUCAACCACAUUCGCAAUGCUCCUUCAGCGGAGCUUUUACCCUUAAGAUCAAACAAAAAGAAUGAAAAAUACCAUGGGAUUGAUAUGUCCAGGUUGAAGCGACAAAUAUCAAGAUUAAAAUCGCAGGGUAUUUUGCCAGAUAGUUAUAAAAGUGUAAAGGACUAUAACCAAAGUUUGCACUCGAUUUAUGAGGCAUAUCAAAUAAAACUUAUCGAAGAGCGAAAACUUGAUUUCGACGAUUGUUUACUUACUUGUUACACUUUGGUGACCGAGUACCCCGUGCUUCAUUUUGUCAAGCACGUACUUGUUGAUGAAUUUCAGGACACGAAUGAUAUUCAACUCCGGUUAAUGUAUCAAUUUGCCAGGGGGAGUAUUAUCGAUCACGAAUUUCAAAAUAAUGUAACCAUUGUUGGAGAUCCUGAUCAGAGCAUAUAUGCAUUCAGAGAUGCACAAUCAAAAAAUUUCACGUUAAUGGUUGAACAUUAUGACAAGCUCAACCUACCAUGUACAGUAAUAGCAUUGAAUCAAAACUAUCGAUCAACCACGGAGAUAUUGCAGCUAUCGGAAAAAUUAAUGAGGCAACAAGAGGAUCGGAAAACUAAAGAAUUGGUGUCUCAAUUUAAAGAUUCGAUAAAGCCCGUUUACAGGUGUCUAAAGUCAGCUGAACAAGAAGCUAAAUGGAUUGCUUAUCAGAUUGAGUUUUUGCUAGCACUCCCCAACUCCACGAUUAUGCCGAAUGACAUUGCAAUUUUAUUUCGUGCUGCUUUCCAAACUCGUGCCGUGGAGACUGAACUAGUGAGAAGGAAGAUUCCAUAUUUUAUGAUCAGGGGUAAAGCAUUCUGGGAAAGACAAGAGGUUGUUGCCAUUAUUGAUUAUUUGCGCGUUUGUGGUGAUGAAAAUGAUAGGAUAUCCAUAUCACGUACCUUGAAUUUCCCCAAGCGUGGGCUCGGGGCAAAAAAUCUCGAAUUGAUUGAUGAAAUUAUCAUAGGUGGCAAAAGGUCUGGGCUUACGGCAUUUGAAGUACUCAAGGCAUUGGCUCUUGACAAGCUCAAUACCAAGCUACCACUACGGGCAAGAAAUAGUGUAGGAAAAUACGUGAGUAUGAUUGAAAAAGCAAAAGAGAUCUUGCGCAAAAUUGAGCCAAGCACUAUUGAUAAUGAGAGGACUGUAUGGGCAUUACAAUUAUUUGAACAUGUUUUCCAAGAGUCAGGUCUCAAGGCAGAAUACCUAAGAGAUGAGGAGAGAUCAUUAAAUAUUAAUGAAGUGAAGGAACAGUUUUGCGGUUUCCAGUUCCAGGAUGAAGAGAUUAUAGGUAACACUGAGGAUGAACAAACUACCGAUGACAGAAACUUUAUAGUCCAAUUUGUCGAGUCGGUGGGGCUAUAUGCAACUGAUGACAAGGGGGAUGAGAAAUCGAAUACUCCCAAGGUGUCGCUAAGUACUAUCCACGGUGCUAAAGGUCUUGAAUGGCCAGUUGUGUUUGUACCUGGAUUAUCUGAAGGUUUGUUACCAGCUGGAUUUGCAAUGUAUGGAACGGGAUCCGACGCUCUUGAUGAAGAAAGACGAUGCUUCUAUGUUGCAUGUACAAGAGCCAAAUCACUUCUCUAUGUGUCAGCUUACAAGGAGUCGAAUUCAACAAAUUCUUGGAGACAACCAAUAGAUGAGGAGUCUCGGUUUGUCAGACGUCUAACAGAGCUAAAAGUGUUUGAUAAAGUACAGCCAGCAUUGAAAAACAUAAAGGGGUUCAAAUUGCUUUGUUCGUUGCUUGGAAUUGAACAUGAUAAAUCACUUGAUGGUCGAUUGGAACAGUUGUUUCAUGCAUAUGCUGAGAAUUGGAAAAUGUAUUCGACCAAUGAUACAUUUACUGCCACCACGCUGCCAGAAAAUGCCAAAUCCACAGGCUUCGCAACAGCACUGAGUCUAAGUUUGGGUAUGAAUGCAAAAAAGAGACGGAUAGAACACAAAGUAGCACCACUAGCACCACCAGCACCACCAGUACCACCACCAUUACCGACAGUGUCAGCCAAACCUGGCGUGAUUACAAUAGAUCAUGAUGACGACCUGGAAGAUGGAGAUCCAAUUGUGCUUUUACCGACUGUGCCAAACCAAAAGAAAAACAAGGCUCCACCUUAUAUUCCUGUGCGGAAACUGAAGUCAAAUGCACUUGGAACAAGGAGGUGA